AUGGGGCUUGUUGUCGAGUAUGGAAAUUACCUUGUCGUUGCCGCUGCCCUAGCCAUCCUCAUUCGUGCCGUUUCCAGGCCGGGGAAGGCCAUCACAAGGAACGGAGAGCCUUUGAGGAACCCCCCAAACACUCUCCCUUUAGUCGGCAAUGGCAUCAAGUUUUUGCAGUCCCGCUGGGACCUACUCAGCUGGUUCGAGCAGUGCCAGCGCGAGUUUGGCUAUGAGACGGCCGCUUUGAGCGUGCCAACACUACCCCCGGGAGUGCUCAUCCAUGACCCGAAGAAUCUCGAGUUCGUCUUUAAAAAUGAGGGGCUGUUCACAAAAGGUGACUUUGUGAAGAGGCGGUCGUGGGAUCUGUUUGGUAACGGUAUCAUCAACGCCGAUGGUGAUUUUUGGAAGUUACAGCGGAAGGCCGGCGUGGCUUUCCUCAACACGGCCAACCUGAGGGUGCUCACCGACGUGGCACUUCCUCAGUACCUUGCUGAGAGCGCCGAAUACCUAAACUCCAAGGCCGACAAGGACACUGUUGAUCUACAGCAUAUGGAGAUGCACGCUAACGACGAGUUCUCCCUGUCCUUUGACUACGCCUCAGGCAUCACAGCCGAACGCUUCCAAAACCCCCUAUGGCGCGUUACCGAACUCUUCACCGGUUCCAGAUUCCGCCGGUCCGUAGCCGUCAUCAAAAGCUUUGGUCGCCGCAUCGUUACCAGCGCCGUAAAGGACCGGAACGACCAAAAAUCUAACUCCGAGGCCGCCAGCGAUCCAAACGACGAUAGCAAGCUCGACGAAAUCUCCGGCUCCCUAAUCCAAUCCCUCCUCGAAGCGCUUGGCGACGAAACAACCGUCGCCGACGCCGCCCUCACCUACCUCUCCGCCGGCCGCGACACAACCGGCCAAGCCCUAACCUGGACCUUCUACCUCCUCCUCCAACACCCCACCGCCAUCACCAAAAUCCGCGCCGAAGUUAUCCCCCGCCGUGUUUUGGGGUUUGCCCUGGAGAAGGGGGUGGGACGGGCCGAUGGAGGGGAGGCGGAGCCAGACGAGCUUGACUCUGCCUAUGGAGGGGGGGUUGCCUGUGAAGGUGAGGGUGAGGAAGAGGGCGGGACGGGACGAAUAGGGAUGGGGGUGGUUGGGUGUGGGUGGCCCCAGCUUUCGGAAUCCGUCGAGUUCGUGUCGUGUAUGUAUCAGGCUCUCAACCUGACCAGGAUAGGACGACUGGGGCGGAAACCCGGAAGCCAUGUGCCGUUUGAGAGUAGGGGUUUCGUCAUCUUCCUUUCUCAGCUUGACGGAUAA